AAACACUUGGAGUAUUUAAGAAUUAUCUGAGGUGCUGACUUAAACUUCAUUGAUACACAUAAAUAAAAAAUAGAGUAAAAAUACUGACUUGAAAAUUAUUGAGUACAGUUCUAAGUUCAACCGGAAGCCAACAAAAUGGGAGGCUUUUUGGAAAAACCGGAAACGGAAAAGCACGUUGAAGAGGGUUUCGGAAACAACCUGCGAUACUGCGUGAGUUCCAUGCAGGGCUGGCGCUUGGAAAUGGAGGACAACCACUCGGCGGUUUGCAGUCUAAAGGACGACUUCGAACUGUGGUCGUACUUCGCGGUUUUUGAUGGUCACGCCAGCAAUCGAAUAUCAGAGUAUUGUGCCAAGAACCUACUAAAAACUAUAAUGAAGACCGAAGAGUUUUCCAAGCUGAGGUACGAGGCUGGCAUAAGAGAGGGAUUUCUGAAGCUGGACGAGGACAUGAGGAAGCUAUUUCAAGAUAAGCCGGGUGGAACCACUGCAGUCUGUGUUUUCGUUUCGCCAGAUAAAAUGUACCUGGCCAAUUGUGGCGACUCGCGGGCAGUGCUCUGCCGGAAUGGCAUAGCUGCCAUCUACACCACAGAUCACAAGCCAUUUUCCCCCAAGGAAAAGGAACGCAUUCAAAAUGCCGGCGGCAGUGUUACGAUACAAAGAGUCAACGGCACUUUGGCGGUCUCCCGAGCCUUGGGGGACUAUGAUUUUAAAAAUGAUAGCACCAGGUCGCCCGUCGAUCAGUUGGUAUCUCCGGAACCAGAUAUCAUAGUUUGUGAGCGUUCCGAAGAGGAUGAGUUUAUCGUCAUUGCCUGCGACGGCAUUUGGGAUGUGAUGAGUAGCACAGAGGUCUGUGAGUUCAUUGGCUCUCGCCUUCUGGUGACCUAUGACCUGCCCAUGAUUGUCAACAGCGUGAUGGACAUUUGCCUGCACAAGGGCAGCCGGGACAAUAUGACCCUGCUGCUCUUGCUCUUGCCGGGGGCACCGACCAUAGAUAUGGACGCCGUGAAGGCGGAACGAAAUCUGGACCAAAGAAUCGCUCAAAUUACGAGGGAGGUCAUCGAGAAGCACGAAAUAACCGACUUUGAGGUCCUCAUUCGCCUGAUGAAGAGGAUGGCCAUUAACAUUCCAAAUCUACCGCCUGGAGGGGGGAUUUAUGCAAAGUACCAUAUCAUUGAGCAGGUUUUCCAUGAGAAGUUCCCCGACGCUCCGGCCGAAAUUAAUGACUAUUUUACCAUGUGAAGGGUAUGCUAUGACUCAAAUAAAUAAUACUAAUGGAUUUAAUAAUUGUA